CACUUGGUGCGCUACGAGACAGGCAUCUUUCGUGAACCCACGCGGCAUGCAGAGUCUCUGUUGCGGGAUUAGGGCAUCCUGACUCAUUUACUUGGUGACGAAAUGACAAAUGACUGACUCGAGGUGAUCAGGUCGCUGUGACAAGGUUGGAUAUACAGGUUGGUAAAAUGACCACACGGAAGCGUGUCCCCACUACUGACAAUUGGAUUAUCGUGAUCUUAUUGUGUCUUACAUUUACCUCGAACCCAACUUCGGCCUGUCUGAGCAAAGAGCAGUUCCUAGCCUCGUUGAAUCGCAGGAAAACCCUAGUUUUUGAAGCCAUCCUGCUGCAGACUUCCGCGAGUUAUUUGAACAGCAACGGAUAUGAAGCCUAUAUACAAAUUACCAAAAUUUACCAACAAUCCAGACUGGGAUGGCAGUUAUCCCCAAACAGUAUUGCUCAUGUCAGAGGCAUUCGACCACGAGCAGUUGAUACCGCUUUGUGUCUGCCUCGCAUGGUGAACGGAAGAACCUAUUUGUGGAUUACGUGGAAUACCGGGUUGAAUGUCAAGACUGCCGAAGGCUCCUUGGAGUUUUAUCCUGGUGGCCUAUUCUUACCGGAGGAAUCUAAACAGGCUGAACUCGAAGCGGUUUUCAAACCAAAACCUCCACAAGGUACACGAGUCGGUAGUCCACUACAAUCGCCAUUCGAAGAUCGUCUUCAGCAGGAUGCCGGAUACGGAGCUCAAGCCCUUAUAUCCUCUCCCAAUGCAGACGUUUCACAACAACAGGGGAGGAAUCUCAACCCCUGUGACCCAAUUCCUUGUUCCUUGGAGCUGCGACCUGUAUGUGGGACCGAUGGAGUUAUGUACCAGAACGAAUGCCUUCUAAGGAAACGUUCAUGCGCAGGUGGCAGCUUGUUACCAUAUUCCCCAAGUCGACCAGUGAUGGUGAACGUGGACUACACUAACAAGUGUUUGAAUCAGUACUAUGCAAGACAAACUAGACAAAGCUAUGCUCUGUGCGAUGGAAACAACUUGUGUAACUACGGUGCCAAAUGCCCAACUACCAACCCGUCUAACAACUGGCGUCACGUUGCACCGGCCCCCUUCAACGGAUGUGAUUGCCAACAUAUCAACUGUUUGAACGAAUGGCCAGAUCCCGUUUGUGGAACGGAUGGUGAGACGUAUUCGAACGAGUGUUAUCUGCGGAAAUCCAUGUGCGUCACGCAACUUCCAAAACGAAUCCUUUAUCGAGGCAACUGUGCUUGCAGCAUGAUGAUGGAUAUUGAAAUAAAAUACCGUGGAAAAUGUGCUUCCAACCCAUGUCUAAGCCACACUUGUCGAUGGCCCGGUGAACGUUGUGAGAUCGAUGAAACAGGUCAACCAAAGUGCGUGUGCCCUGAUUCCUGUCCCAAAGUCAUGCUCCCAGUAUGUGGGAGUGACGGUCUAACCUAUGAUAGCCACUGCCAUUUGGAACUUACAGCCUGCAUGAAGAUGCGGCAACUAUGGGUUGUCUACUCCGGACAAUGCAGCCAGGAACCACAAUGCCAAGCGAUAGGGCUUCAUUGUCAAGGCUACGAAGUCUGUACAAGAAUCAAGGCUCCGCCGGUAUAUCAGAUCCAUUCACCACAGUACUCCGGUUCGCAGCCUUCGAAAUUCCAGCCAAUGGUGGCCCAUUGUGUCUGUCCAACCUGUCCGGAAAAGGGUCUUGGUGACCAGGUAUGUGGCACUGACGGUCAGACAUACCGGAGCGAAUGUCAUCUGCGUGCAAGUGUUUGCCAACGACAACUGUAUGGUGUAAAAGUGCGAUCCAUAGGGCCCUGUGACGCUUGCAACAACAAAGAAUGUAAAUACUACGCGAUUUGCCAAAAAAAUGCAGAUGGCGAGCCACAAUGCAUAUGCCCGACUGACUGUCCUUAUGUUCAGGGGGGAAAAACUGUCUGUGGCAGCGAUGGAAAUACGUACGAGGAUGAAUGCGUUUUGAAAGUGCGCUCAUGUGCCGAACAACGAGAAAUCUACGUGAUACACGAGGGACCUUGCAAAACUUGCCCCAGCGGUUGCCCACUGGGAUACCAGUGUCGGAACGGUCAGUGUGUUUGUCGAGAUGCGUGUCCAACAACUUCGUCGCUACUGGAUGCUGAGGUAUGUGGUACGGAUGGACUACUGUAUCGAAGCGAAUGUGAACUGAAACGGCAGGCAUGUUUGCAAGGAAAGGACAUUAGCGCAGAUCCGUCGGGAGCUAGCUGUCGAAAACAGCUUGGCAGCCAUUCUGAAGAUGUAGUGGCUGUGCGCCCACAAGCAGAUGAAGUGCAGGUUAGUCAAUGCACGUGUAACAAAGUUGGUGCUCUGUCCGAGUUCUGUGAUCACAGGGGUCGAUGUCGAUGUAAGUGGUAUGUUCAAGGCGACAAAUGUGAUCAGUGUGUUGCCGGCUACUGGGGCCUACAGAAUGGACACGAGUGUAUCGCCUGCUCCUGUCAUCCCGAUGGUUCUGUGAGCACCAACUGCGACCAAACAAGUGGACAGUGCGACUGUCGCCCAGGUGUGGUCGGUCGACAGUGCUCCAUUUGUCCAGAUGGCGGAUACGUAACAAAGUCCGGAUGUAAUGUGGAAAAUGUGACUUCAGGUCAUCGCGCUACCGAGAAUCCCUCAGUGAAAGCAGAAGCCAAAUCAAAAUCAGACAAUAACACGUCACCACCGGACAGCCCGCAGACUAACGAGAUCAUUACCGGACGUCAGUUUAGUCCGGAAACCACGCUGCUAAUACCGGCACCAAAAUCAUUUGAACAGCCAAUCACAAUCGAAUUAGAUGUGGUGCUUUCUGGUCAAGAUGGGAACCUCCUACAGUAUCGUAUAGCUCCAACCGAACAAGAGCAAAUGCUAGUUAAAAACUUGAGAGAUCAUCAAUUUCGUCUCGGCAUCUCCGGAGGACGUGUGGAAUGUAGCUACCUGAAUGGUCGCAUACCAGACCGGCUGUAUGUGGUUCAAGCCCCGGAGACGAUACGCCCUAAUACGCUUCACCAAAUACGUGUGGGCGUGAUUAAUAACAAGCCGUGGCUUCAGUUGGACGGUGUACAAACCACCCUGGUAACGGAAGCGCCCAUACUCCAGCACCCUACAGCAGAAAAUAUCACCCAACCGGUAGGAGGCUACAAGACUAUCGUUAUUGGUCGACCCUUGUUUCCUGCGAUUCAGCGGACUUGGCCUCCACCCAGCGCAAAAGAAAACGAUGGUUUCGGUGGAUGCCUGCUUCGUGUAAAUUUGAUCGCCGGUUCAAACAAACAACCUCAACGAAUCGAUUUACUCAGUGGUGCUGGUACCGAGUUGGCAUGGAUUGGGAUGAAACGAGUGAGCUCUGGUCUAUCCGAAGCACCACUAUGUAGUGCCAAUGAGGAAUUCAGUUCCCCACCUGCAGUGGUACACGAGGAUGAUCGCACCAAAUCAAUCCAGUCAGAUGGGAGUACGGUGGAACAGUCUCAAGCACCGGCUACAAUAUGUACACGGGGGCAAUCAUGUCAAAACGGAGGUAUUUGCGUCUCCACUCGUCCAAACGAGUACGACUGCAUCUGCCAGCCUGGAUGGCAGGGCCAACGAUGUGAACAAGUGGUGACCGUCAUUCCUCAGUUUGGCGGUAAUAGUUUCAUCCGACUACCAGGACCAAAGGGACCACAAGCAAUGAACGGGAAAAAGUUGCGCAUUGGACUUACAUUUCUGGCGACACAAGUACCUGGACUACUCUUUUUCCUCCCGCCCAAAACGAGAAUGGGUCCAUUCCUAGGUGUCUAUAUUGAUCCAAACGGUUACGUAGUUGUCGCUUGCCGAACUGAGUUGCGAGCACUGAAUGCAAAGUUCCCGGAUUCGGUUGGGAGAUCAAGUGACACGGUGUUGUUGCAGUACAGAAUCCCGCUGCAGCUCCGUCGAUGGCACAUGCUCACCAUCGACAAACGCCCCAGAGCGAUGAGCCUCAAAAUCGACGAAAACCAGUCACAACGUAUUCGACUGGUCCCGGCGGCACUUCGACGAUACUUGAAAAAGUGGCGCGGUCUCAGUCUACCAAGUUUUGACCUCAGUUCAAGUCCCAUCUACCUGGGAGGUUACGAUUUUCACAACAGCCCAAUUCCUCCUAUGGAUAUUCGAACGGGACUGGUUGGUGCCAUUCAGCAGAUGAACAUCAAUGGGGCGGAUAUAUUCCUGGUUGGUCCUCCUUCUCCGAACAUGGAAGUAACACAGAAUUCUUUGUCCGACGACUCUGAGUACUGGCUGAAUGUGUCUCAAUGGCAAGGUCCCCCUUGUGGACCAGCAUACAGCCCCUGUCGCAUCGGGGAACUACAAUCGGUGUGUAGACCUCUUGGAACGACAGCGUCGUGUGCCUGUUCCACGCAAUCGCAGCUGAUUCGAUUUAUGCGGGAACAUGGAACGAAUGACGCCAAAUGGGCAGAGAACCUUGCGUGUCAACAAAAACAGGCUGAGAUUGAUGCAAUGCGAGAAAAUUCUCAAAAAUCGCAUGACGAAACGCCGCUGAAACCGUGGUCACAAGAUGACGUUCAGUAUGACGCCCUACCAAAGACCGUUGAAUCACCUGGAACAGAUACAAAGCUUAGAAAGGAUGCGCUCGCGGCGACACCAGAAACUAGGAAUUGUGCACAGCUGGCAGUCCGUUUCUCGGGCAAUACAAUCUUCAAGUACUUCAACCUAUUAAAGACCGACUACUACAUGCGACUACAACUACAAACCGCCAGUCAAGAUGGACUAAUUCUGAUGAUUGGCGAUACUCUUCCGGAAACAAAGAGGCCGGGCUAUCCGCAUUCAGAACUGUAUGACCAGAGGGAACUGACCAUGAUCGCGCUACGUAAAGGUCGUGUGGAGUUUGGAAUCUUUAUUGUCUCCGAAAUUACAACUGCUGCGUCCGACAGAAGAAUAGCACUCAUCACCGGUCGCACGUCAACAAGUCUGUUACAGAUACAAUCAAAAAUGGAGCUGAACGAUGGGAAAUGUCAUACUGUCAAUGUGGUGAGGAGCGGCAGAAGAGCAACACUCAUUGUCGAUCAUCAAAUGGCUUCCGGUGAAUUCUCUAUUCCAUCUCAGAGCAUGCAUCGGGACAACUACGUACUGAUGGGAGCGGCAGAAGAGCAACACUCAUUGUCGAUCAUCAAAUGGCUUCCGGUGAAUUCUCUAUUCCAUCUCAGAGCAUGCAUCGGGACAACUACACGGGCCACAUCAAUGGUUAGAGACACUGUCAGACAUGGUCCAGUCGCGCCCCUCAAUGGUGCUCAUGCAUCCAAGCUAUUGCCUUCACUGCAUAGCUCCCUUCCCAAUUCCCCCCACUUGACAGUACAGUAUUUACGCACCAAUUUAUCAGCUACCGCCUCCAAUGCCUGUAGCACCCUUUCAGUGCCUAGCUGCCACGUCAGCCGAAGGAAGCACGAGGGCUGUGAUAAUGUCAAGUUGCCAAGACCUAGACAGAAGAAGCCGAGAUGCAUAGGUGGUGCCAUGCUAAACAUUACAGGCAUUCCGUGGGAAUAUCAACAUAAUUUUACCGGUUGUAUUGGAGACAUGUUUCUAAACGAGCAGAAAGUGCACAUGCUCACCUCAGCUUUCGAAAUCCGCGGUCCCAUCAUGUCCUGCAGUUGA